GUGACCAAGCAGUCAAUACACUCUCUCUGUACCAUGCUACAACUGGGUUAUCUACUUGCUGGUGUGUUAUAGCUUAUACACUGAACACACACAAACUGUGGUGGGAAAAGGCUAAAUCAUGAGUGAUACUGCCAUAGACUGGGAUGCCAGCAUUUUCCGUGAAGUUAAGGUGGAGGUGAACAGUGAUGAUGAGGAAGUAUACAAAAUGGAGAUGGGUGGGAACAAUGUACCCAAGCCAGACACUUCAGGUGAAACACACCACCCCCAAGCUGCUGACAAUAAUUAUAACACUGGUGCACAUGCUGCUAACAAACAAACAAACUUAGAAUAUCCAGACUUCAAUGUUAUUCUGAAAACAUUUCCAAAGUUCAUGACCAGGAAAGCCACAAAAACUGCUGUUUUGGCCUACAAUUUUUGGGCAGAAACCCACAAUGGGGUUUAUCCUGAGAUCAUGGAAGUCUGUGGAUACCCACCAGAGAAAAUGGAUCCUAUUUUUGCCAUUUUUGUCAAAGAAGUAAAUAGCAGAACAGGUGCAGAUUAUCAGGAAGAUAGUCUGAAAGGUUGUAUUUUUGGAAUUCAGAGAUUCCAUAAGGCAUACUGCGACUACUUUAACAUCCACCACACCUACAUGACAGGAAAGGCUUCAAGUGGAUUCGAUCAGUUUAAUCAAGCCUAUUAUGAUCGAUUAGCUAAAAUGAAAAAUGUUCAGAGUGUCAGGAAUGAAACCCCAAAAGGCAUCACAAGAUCGCAGGAGGAACAGCUCUGGCAGAAGGGAAUUUUUGGUAUUGACUCUGCCAAGGCCAUCAGUGACACAAUGUAUUUCUACCUGAUGAAGGUAUUCGGAUUAACUUCCGCCUCAUGCUUAAGGUAUAUCAAAGCAGAGCAUUUUACACUGUCUUCUGAUGAGUAUGGGGACUAUGUUGAACUGGACAAGACUUUUGCAUCAGAUAGAGAGGACAUGCGAUUCAGCUAUAGCUACAACACUGCCCUAGAAAUAGUUCAUACAGACAAACUGCGCCACUAUGCCAACCGGAGCAAUCCUCGCACCUUCUACAACAUCUUAAGUCUCUACCUUAACCUUAUCAAGGAGAUACCUGAGAAUGAUAAGUCUGGUUUCCUGCUGCAGGCAAAACAUGGACUUGAGUUUCGUCACAUGGCAUAUGGUGUAAAUAAUCUGCAAAAAAAGCUUAGUUUAAUAAUGAAGGCAGCAGGAAUUGAAGGCUAUUUUACAGCAAACUCCAUUGUACAGUCAUCAAACUACAAACGCAAACAGAGGCCAGAAAACAUGGAGGAACUGCUGGAUGUAUGCAGGAUUUUGGACCCUCCUCCUGGUGUCGUUUCCACUGAAGUGAUGGAAAAGGCAAUCGAACGCCAUCUUCACAGGUCUCAGAUUUUAGAUGGAAUUCAAGGGAAACAGCAAGUAUCUGGCAUUAUUUCCUCCCUUAGAAGAAUCACAAACAACGAGAAAGAAGAUCUGAAGACAAAACUUCAGAGGAUUAUAGACAGCAAUUCCCAGAAUAAGGACACAUUCCCAAAACCUGGCUCUACAGCCAGCCUGGAGUCCAUCUCUUCAGCUCUCUCAGAUCUACCGAAUGCACAUCAAAAAUCAACAGUACAAAGUCUGACUAGUCUCCCAUCUAUCCAGUCCCAGCUGACACAGCCAGUUUCAGCCAUGCAACUUGCUUCUCAUACAACUAUGAGACACAUAGUCCCUAAUGUCCCAUUAACUCCUACAUUGGUGCAGUCUACAACUGGAGGGCCAGUAACGCUGCUAUUAAUCCCUGCCUCAACAUCUUUCUCUGGUCAACCAGGGCCUCUUCCUACAGCAGCACUGAUUCCUGCUGGAGCGACAUGUACACUAACAAGUCCUACUACUGUUGUGAAUUCUGCUAAUGCUAUGAUUAAUCCAGCGAAAGAUCUGAUGAACUCAAAAAAAGGUACAGUGAAAGUGAAAUCUGCAAGUGCAAAUCUUUAUCCAAGGUUAUAUCCCACGUCUAAGAAAAAUAUGGCAAAUGACAACACUACUCCAAGUCUCGGACUUCAUGCAGUAUCAAUCAAGAAGGAGCCAUAUGACCCUGAAGAAAACUUGUCUAAUAAAAACAAAAACAAUGACAGUACCAAAGGUACUACAAGUUUCCAAACCCUAGAUUGUCAUAAUCAUGACAUAAAGAAAGGCAAUACUUUUGAAAAUGUUGGUCUUGUAUAUCCACUGGUUUCUGAACCAAUGAAAAGGCCUCUUGAGGCUGUUGGUAAAAGGUCCAAUUAUGAAUCAAUGAAGAAGAAGAUAAAGCCAGCAGCACCUAAAGAAAAAGAACUGAUUCAAACUUCAUUACAUACAUUUAGUGAUGACACUAAACAAAAAAUGCUUGAAUCUGCAGAACCACCACAAUCUUCACCUGAAAAUGAAAUAAAACAACAAAGAUCGGACUUACAUGAUGUAGAUGAAUCAAACACAGAAAUGAAUGAAUGCUUAAAUAUUGAAUCUAAGAGCGAAAAUGUUGACAAAAAAGAGAAGAGAGAAUAUGAAGGGGAAUUGCAGAAGCCAAUGCUUGACAAAGAAGCGAUAGUGACAAAAUGUAAUGAGGGUGCAUAUCCAUAUAAGCCUACUCACAGUGCCAGAAUAGAAUACAGCCUCUCAAAUGACUACACAAAACAAAUUUGUAAACAAGAUAUGGUCAUUGUGGAUGAUGGUGACAACAAUUUCAACUUUUCCGGAAUGUGCAAGAUUGGGAAAACUUCAUGUGACCUUGACAUUAACCUUGGCGACUACCUACCAGAAAACAGUGUUAUAAGGCCAGGAGAUAUAAACUUGAAGAGGAUGAUUACAUCCGAUGGGGGGAAAUUUGUUAUCAGUCUCAAAUAUUCCCUACAGAAAGAGUGAUCUUGUGUUGAAGAGUUGACUAGUGAUCUUGUGUUGAAGAGUUGACUAUUUUGAAAAUAACAUUUUCUCUGUUUACAAGCAAUGUUAUCAUUAUCUUACUAGCAGUUACAUGCUGCUCUUUGUCACUGUCUGGUUCAAUGUUGUCUGUGUUCAUAUUAUAAAAGUUAAAAUAUU